AUGAAACAUAUAUUUAUUUUUAGAAUGGCUCACAGUUCUCAAACAUAUGGGUCCAUGGAUCAACGGACAGAUGUACCUGAUGUAGGAUUUAGUCCUACUGAACUUUAUAGUCUCAGUGAAAAUAUUACCACUAACAUAUAUACAAUUAAUACAAGUUGGAGGACACUUGAACGUGCAUAUAAAAAUAUUGGAACCAAUAAAGAUAAUCAGGGUCUAAGAGAUGAGGUGCAUGUUACACAAUUAAGCACAAAUCAAGUAGUAACACAAACAAGCAAAGACAUUGCAAGACUGACAGUGCUAAUGAGGCGAGGUGAUAAAAAACUGAAGUUACAAAUUGAGAAACUCACCACUGAUUUUAAAGAUGCUUUGCAAAGAUAUUCAGAUAUGCAGAAGUCAAUUGCAGAAAAAAUGAAGAGACAUAUUUUGCUUACAACUAGUAUAGAAAAUCCUGAUGAAGAAGAACAUCAACGUUCACUUCAAGCUCAAGAAGAUGAAUACAGACAAAUACAAAGGAAUCUUGAACAAGAAAAAGGCUUACUAUCAGACAGAGAAGAGAGGAUAAUGAAAAUCGAAGGUGAAAUUUUGGAUGUAAACCAAAUUAUGCGUCAGUUGGCAAUACUCGUACAUCAGCAAGGAGAGACGAUUAAUACAAUAGACAACAGUAUAGAAAAUGUACACGGAAAUGUUGAGUUGGGAGCACAAGAUUUAAUCAAGGGAAAUAAUUACCAAAGUAAAUAUCGACGAAAAGUUUUUAUCUUAUUGUUACUCGCAAUCAUAGUCGUUGUUAUAUUAAUUAUUGUUCUAGUCACUAAAUUAAGUUAGCGCUCCUAAUAAUCGUAGAUACUGUGAGCAUAUGAAAAAGGUUGUCUCAAUCUAUCUUACUGAUCAUAGAACUAAUAUUGUGGAAAAAUAUAAAUUGCCAGUUUAUAUAUCAGACAUGCAAUAUGGGGAGAGGAUAGACUUAUUUUAUAUUCAUUUAUAAAUUGAUUAACAUAAUUCAAGCGUAUUAUGCUUGUUUACGUUCGAAUUUGUAAAACACAUUACACUGUUCU